GAGCCUCCGCAGAGGCCAGCUUUGGCAUCGAGGAGUACGUGCUGCCUCGAUUCGAAGUGGGCGUGGUGCUGGACCAGAGCCACCUGACCUACGGCAGGGCCAACAGCGGCGAUGUGACGGUGACGGGCAAGGUCUCCGCGAACUUCACUUUCGGCGAGCCCGUCCCCGGCGUCGCGUCGGUGACGCUUUGGGCACCUCUCAACCCCUGGGAGGUGUCUUCGCGGAUGGGCGGUGCAGCGAUGGACGGUGAUGCUAGCAUCGAUUCCACAGAUUCGCAAGCUACGGGCGGUGUUGCACACAGGGCUCUUGCAUCCCUAGCAGGGCUCGAGCUUUCAACGACGGCGCCGACGCCGUUCGAACUGACCAUUCCGAGCAGCCAGCUGCGAUACGGCACGCUGCAAGCGGAAGCAUCCGUCGUCUAUGCAGCAACUGGGGAGCGACAAAGCUCGGCCGCGUCCCUGCCGGUACUCUACGAAGGCUCAGAGUUGCAGGCCGACAUCAGCUUGUCCGAUGGCACGAAGGUCUUUCGCCCGGGCCUGCCGAUGAAGCUGUCGGUCCGACUCGAGAAGCCCGGUGGCCAGGCGGUCUCGGCGGAGGAUCUGAGGGACCUCGAAGUGCGACUGGCACAGGAGGCAAACACGGUGUCCUACAGCCACCGGCCAGACACCGUCUACUACGACCUCGCGGCCUCGGACUGGAAGGAUGGACAGCAGGAGCUGGACAUUCCAGCAGUGCAAGAUGAUUCCAGCUGCUGCAACCCGUCAGCUGAACGCACCACCUGGAAAGAGCACGAAGAGGCUUGUGGAUGCUGCGUCUACGGCUUGAACUUCCAUGUGGAGCGCAGGCAGCCGGGGGAUCAGUAUUGGCAGCGAAUUUACACCGGAGUGGAGGGCAAGUCCGCCUACGGCUGCGCUGGCCGCGCCUGGUCCCCGGAUGGCUCCUACUUGGCCUUGAGUGCCCCGGUGGAGGAAGGCAACGCCUGGAGGGCGCAGCUCACGAGCAGCCGGCCUCCGGCCGAGCUCCAAAGCGACGUGGAGUACCUCGUUACCCAGGCUGGCACCUUCGUCGCCAGCGGUGUCGCGCAGCCCAGCUUCACAGCCUCCGGAAGUCACUAUGAGGCUGCCCUGCAGAUGACGCUGCCAACCUCCUUAUCGGGAGAACUGCGCUUCGUGGCCAUCGCGCGGACCACCUCAGGACGUGCCAUGGCGGCAAGCGCGAGAAUUUCGAGGAGUCUUCAGCUUCCCUACAAUCUUUCCGCGAGCUUCUCCGCUGAGGAGGUGAAGCCCGGCGUGCAGCUUGCGGUGCAGCUGGAGGCUGCAGCCCUGUCUUCAGGCACGACCCCGCGGGCCGUCCACGCAUUCGUGACGUCGCUGGACCGCUCGGCCGAGCUCUUGGGGACAAGAGCUGCCAUUGGCAAGCCCUCGCUGUUGGCCGCUUUGGAACGAGCAGCAGAUGGGGCAGCCGCGACUCCGGUAUCGGGCAGGAUUUGGAGGUACUGCAGUGUUCAUGGUGACGAUUUGAUGGUGGUCGCGGAGCUGCCAGAGAAGGUUCAGGUAGUGAUGGAUGCGAGCAUUGCGCCGGGCAGCGACGACCAAGAGUAUGGGCAGUCGCUGGGUGCCAGCUGCCCUCGACCUCUCUUGAAUG